ACAUCCUAUAACCACUCCGCUUGGCUGUCAGCUCUGCCAUUGCUUUGGCUUGAAGCAUCCACACAGUGCUGAGAGUACCACGACCGGGGUAUCUGCUGUGCACUGGAGCCCACCCGUGCCCCCUCUUGCAUGGGGACCUGAAUGUGCUGCCCAAGGAGUGGGGUUUCCCCUGCAUGCGCUCUGAGCCUUAACAGCUGUGCCCUGUGUCAGGACGGGGCAGCAGAAGGCGAGCGCUGGUCUGGGCAACCGCUCAGGGCUCUUUCCCUUAGACCGCAGGGACACGGGCUACGUGGGCAAACAAAGCAUCUGCUGCAGAGAGCGUGGCCCCGGACAGUCUCCCGUCCCAGGACAGAUCCUUUCUCUGUAGAGGCUCACCCAGCAGUGCUCCUCGGUCUCGGAGCGCGUUCCGCUCCACGACGAGGGGGCGAGUGCACGUAGCCGCGGAGGAGGGAAGAACGGCAGCGGAUGUGAAUUGACACCUUCACCCACGCAGGUAGGGCGUUCCCACGCCGAUAAGGGAGGGUGGAUCAGAGGCUGUGCUAUCUCGGGGCUGUUCCCCCCGCUGUGGAUUCCGGUGGGUGGAAUUUGGGAAUAUCAUCACUUCUUUCUCCGUCUCUUGUUCUCCUCCACAGUUAAAAAAGAGCCCGUUGGAGGGCAGAGGAGAUGCACAGUCCUAUUCUGAACUCCGCUUUUGGCAAGCCGUGCGGGCGAAGCUUCCCGGGGGGUGGAGCCUGGCGGCGGCCCGCGCUUCGCCCCCCGCCCAGUUCCCCGGGGAGCUGUUCCCCCGGGCGAGCGCGCAAGCGGCAGAGGGGCUGGGGGGGCGACCCGGGGCCGGGGCGGGUGGUGUCCCGGGGCCGCGCUUACACCCCCAAGGCCCCCCCCCCCCGCUCCCCUCAAGCGCGCAGCCCGCAGCGAGCGCGGCCGCCCGCACGGGACGGGCCCGGUAGCCCCCGGCGCGGCGUCCGUGCCGCGGGGGAGGUGGGGGCCCACACCGGGGGCCGUCCCGUCCCGUACCCCCACGUCGCGUACUUGGCGUAUUUGCCCACUCCACGUGCCGCCGGGGCCGGCCAGCCCGACCGCCGCUUCCCGGCGUCCCUGCCCCGAGCCCGGCUCACGGGGAGCGGCCGGGCCGGGGGCGGCUGGCGGGGGCCUGCGGCGGGGGGGGCUGCCUAUUCCGGCUCGCCGUGCUGUUCCGCAGCUGAGCGAAGUGCUGCUUCCCCCGCCCCCUCCCCCCCGGCCCGUUCUGCUGGAAAACGCGAAGGAGCCAGCGGAGAGAAAGGCGGAAAGCCCGGAGGAGGCGCGUUGUCGGCAGCGGAGGAGCCGCUCCCGAGGCGGAGCGGUGCUGCCCGGUGCGCGGCCGGCCGGCGGCGCGGGGGAACACCGGUAACUUCACGGCACUCGGAUGACGGGCCCGCACCGAGCGAGACCCAGGAGGGAGGGAGGCGCGGCCGUGAGCGCGCCCCGCCGCCCUCCGCCGCGCAGCGCCGCGCACCCGCCGCGGCCGCCACUUCCCGCGGGCGUCGCUCGGCGGCGGGCGCGCUGCCUCCGCAGGAAGCGGUCCCGCGGCCCGGCCCCUCCUGCCGCUCGGCGGCGGGCUCAUGCACUCUGCGGCGCGGCGGCGGGAUGGCUCCGGCUCCGGCGGGCGCUGAGCCGCGGUCGCCCGCGCUGCUGCCGCGGCUGCUGCUGCCGCUGCUGCCGCUGCUGCUGCCCGGCCGCGCCGCCGGCCUGGAGGUGCAGCGCAAGUUCCUCUCGCCCACCCCCACCAACAACUUCGCCCUGGACGGCCCCGGCUCCCGCGUCUACCUGGCGGCCGUCAACCGCCUCUUCCAGCUGUCGGGGGGCGAGCUGGCGCUGGAGGCGGAGGCGGCGGUGGGGCCGGUGCUGGACAGCCCGCUCUGCCACGCGCCGCAGCUGCCGCAGGCCUCCUGCGAGCACCCCAAGGUGCUCACCAACAACUACAACAAGAUCCUGCAGCCCGACCCCGAGCAGGGCGUCCUCGUCGUCUGCGGCUCCAUCUACCAGGGCCUCUGCCAGCUGCGCAGCAUGGCCAACAUCUCGGCGGUGGCCGUGCGCUUCCCGCCGGGCGGCAGCGACCCGGUCACCGUCUUCCCCAGCAUGCUGAACGUGGCGGCCAACCACCCCAACGCCUCCACCGUGGGGCUGGUGCUGCGCCGCGGCGGCGGCGGCGGGGCGCGGCUGCUGGUGGCCGCCACCUACACCGGCUUCGGCAGCCCCUUCUUCCCCCGCAACCGCAGCCUGGAGGACCACCGCUUCGAGAACACGCCCGAGAUCGCCAUCCGCGCCCUCAACGCCCGCGGCGACCUGGCCAAGCUCUUCACCUUCGACAUCAACCCCUCCGACGACAACAUCUUCAAGAUCAAGCAGGGCGCCAAGGCGCGGCACAAGCUCAGCUUCGUCCGCGCCUUCCUGCAGCGCGGCGCCGCGCCGCCCGCCCGCCGCCCCUACGCCUACCUGGCGCUCAACAGCGAGGCCAACGCGGGCGACAAGGAGAGCCCCUCGCACAGCCUGCUGGCCCGCAUCUGCCUGGGCGAGGCGGCCGAGGCCACCCUCAACGGCAGCGGCGAGACCAAGAAGCUGACCGAGUCCUACAUCCAGCUGGGGCUGCGCUGCGGCGGCGCCGCCGACGCCUUCACCCGCCUCGUCUCCGUCUUCCCGGCGCGGGCGGCCUGGCGCAGCCCCGCGGCUCCUGCCCCGGCCCCGCCGCCCGCCGAGGAGCUGCUCUUCGGCGUCUUCGAGCGGGCCGGGGCCGGCGGCGGCGGCGGGGGGCGGCCGCAGUCCGCGCUCUGCGUCUUCCGCUUCGCCGAGAUCGAGGAGACGAUCCGGGCUGCCCGCAACUCCUGCUUCGUCAGCCCGAGCGCCGGCAUGGUCACCGUGCUGGACAGCGUGGUGCAGGGCACCGGCCCGGCCUGCGAGAAGAGGAACAUACAGCUGCAGCCGGAGCAGCUGGACUGUGGAGCAGCGCACCUUCAGCACCCACUGGCCAUCGUGAACCCCGUCACAGCGACCCCCGUGUUCACCUACAGCGGCCUGACCGCGGUGGCGGUGGCCAGCGUCAAUAACUACACCGUUGUGUUCCUGGGCACUGCCAGCGGAGGACUCCUGAAGAUUAAUCUGGACAGUACCAUGAAGGUUAUUAGCAGGAGAUCCAUUUCGGUGGCUUAUGGAGAGCCUGUCCACCCCAUCAUGCAGUUCGACCCUUCUGAUUCCACCUACCUCUAUCUGAUGACCUCCUAUCAGAUGACGCGGGUGAAGGUGGCUGCCUGCAACCAGUACUUGACGUGCACGGAGUGCCUGGCUGCCGCUGAUGCUUACUGCGGGUGGUGCACAAUGGAGACCAGGUGUUCUCUGCAGCAUGAGUGCACAAACUUCACAGGGGCCAACUUCUGGGCAAGUGCAAGUGAAGGAGUACAGCAGUGCCCUUCCAUGACCAUCUUGGAGCCCGAGAUUAAUAUCGACAAAGAGAACCCGGCCCUGAUAAUACAAAUAAAUGGGACUAUCCCGAACCUGAAUGGAACAAAUAUUUCAUGUGACUAUGGAAAUAAUAUCCACACGGUAGCCAGAGUUGCUGGAGAUUAUGUAAACCAAUUUAUUUAUUGCAGUUUACUUCCACGUGAGACAUAUCCAGCAUUUCCAGACGACCAAGACCACGUGGUCGUCGAAACUGCUCUCCGGGUCAACAGCAAAAACAUUAUCCGGGCCAAUUUCACCAUCUACGAUUGCAAAAGAACUGGAAACAUUUACCCGAAGAGAGCAUGCACCAGCUGCCUCUCGACCAGGUGGAAGUGUCACUGGUGCCCCUCCACCUACACCUGCGUCUCCAACCACUCGCAGUGUGACGACGCGCUGCAGAUGAAGAAGAAAAUUGACUGUCCGCGAAUUGUACCUGCCUCUUUGGAUCCAAUGCCCACGGGCGUAUCUCGGGACAUUAUGAUCUCACUGGCUAACACAACUUUCUCUAAGGAGACAGCUCUGGAGUGCCAUUUUGGGACAGACAGGACGUUUGAAGCCCGGUGGGUGAACUCCUCCGCCGUGGAGUGCGUACACGUGCUGCUCCACACAUCAGAAAAAAGCCAUCUCUUCCCAGUGAACCUUCAGCUGAAGGACAGACCAGACAGAUUUAUCGACAGUCCAGAGAUGAUGACAGUGGAGGUGUACAACUGUGCAACUGGGAGUGCUGACUGUUCUCAGUGCCUGGGGAGGGAGGACCUGGGGCACCGCUGCGUCUGGAGUGAGAGCAGCUCCAGCUGCAGGCUGCACAGCGAGCCCUCCCAGGUUUCAGACAUCUGCCCAGCUCCAGAGAUUAAGAAGAUCGAGCCACUGCGGGGGCCGCUGGAGGGGGGCACCCUGCUGACCAUCCGUGGGAGGAACCUGGGCCGCCGCUUCAGCGACGUCCUCGGCGCCGUCAGGAUAGGCAGCGUGCAGUGCGCGCCGCUGCCCGACAGAUACGUCGUCUCCGAGGCGAUCGUGUGCCAGACCGGAGAGGCUCAGGAGGCAUUUUCUGACGUGGUAGCAGUUAACGUGAGCCGGGAAGGGAAGUCCAGGGAGCGAUACUCCUACGUGCUUCCUGUGGUGCAGUCCAUAGCUCCCCCGAAUGGCCCGAAGGCUGGAGGCACCAGAGUGACCAUCAGAGGCAGCAGGCUGGACGUCGGCUCUGAGCUCCGCGUCCUCGUCAAUACCUCCAAGCAGUGCACUGACCUCAGCCGCAAUGACAGCACCAUCACCUGCACCAUGCCAUCUGCGGAGCUCACCACGGCCGUGCGAGUCUGCGUUCAGUUCGAGAACAAGUCUUGUGCCAGCUACAACAUCACGUUCAAGUAUGAGAAGAACCCGAUUAUAUCAGACAUAAACCCCAAAAAGAGCCAGAUCAGCGGGGGCAGGAUCAUCACCCUGGAAGGAAGAGGCUUUGAGCUGGUCCAGAACGUGUCCAUGGUUGUCCGUGGCAUCGGCAGAGAGCAAACGAGCUGUAAGGUUCACACCGACACUGUGAUCACCUGCCCCUCUCCAGCUGCCUCCAACAUCACUGCAGGGAGCAAGCCUGCACCCGUUGAUUUCUAUCUCAACGGUCGCCUCUACGCAGACGACCGUCCGGCUCUGGAUGAGGAGAUGUACCCCGAGGAGGCCUUGCACAUCAGCAAGUUCAGCCUGGAGUACUAUGCCGACCCCCAGUUCUUCACAGCCAAGAAGGAGAAGUGGAUCAAGCACCAUCCUGGCGAGCCCUUAACUCUGGUUAUACAUAAAGAGCCUGACAGCCUGGGCCUGGAAAGCAAUGAGUACCAAGUGAAAAUUGGCCUUAUCUCGUGCGAGAUCCAGAUUGUUUCGGACAAAGUCAUCCACUGCUCUGUCAACGAGUCGCUGAGCACCUCGGAAAGACAGUUACCCGUGACGAUCCAAGUUGGAAAGUUCAACUACACAAUUGCAAUGCUGCACCUUGGAGGAGGAGAGACCGCAAUCAUCGUCUCCAUCGUCAUCUGCAGCAUCUUGCUGGUCCUGUCUGUUGUAGCUCUCUUUGUGUUUUGCACAAAGAGCCGCAGAGCGGAGCGCUACUGGCAGAAAACCCUGCUCCAGAUGGAGGAGAUGGAGUCGCAGAUCCGAGAGGAAAUCCGCAAAGGUUUUGCGGAACUGCAGACAGACAUGACAGACCUGACCAAGGAGUUAAACCGCAGCCAGGGGAUCCCAUUCCUGGAGUACAAGCACUUUGUCACCCGGACGUUCUUCCCCAAAUGUUCCUCACUCUACGAGGAGUGCUACAUCCUGCCGUCCCAGCAGCUCAGCUCCCAGGUGGGCUCCCAGGUCCAGGAAACUCAUCCACUCCUGGUGGGGGAAUGGAAAAUCCCUGAAAACUGCAGACCCAAUAUGGAAGAAGGAAUCUCGCUGUUCUCCACCUUACUCAACAACAAGCACUUUCUCAUCGUGUUUGUCCAUGCUCUCGAGCAACAGAAGGACUUUGCUGUUAGAGACAGAUGUAACCUGGCCUCCCUGCUUACUAUUGCGUUGCAUGGGAAACUGGAGUAUUACACCAGCAUCAUGAAGGACCUCUUGGUGGAUCUAAUAGAUGCUUCAGCUUCCAAAAACCCCAAGCUGAUGCUGAGGAGAACAGAAUCUGUGGUGGAGAAGAUGCUCACCAACUGGAUGUCCAUCUGCAUGUACAGCUAUCUCAGAGAGACGGUGGGAGAGCCCUUCUUCCUGUUGAUCUGUGCGAUCAAACAGCAGAUUAACAAAGGGUCCAUCGACGCCAUUACAGGGAAAGCCAGGUACACCCUCAACGAGGAGUGGCUCCUGAGGGAGAACAUCGAGGCAAAGCCAAGGAACCUCAACGUCUCCUUCCAAGGCUGCGGGAUGGACUCCCUGAGUGUCAGAGCCAUGGACACAGACACGCUCAGCCAAGUAAAGGAGAAGAUUCUGGAGGCCUUUUGCAAGAACGUCCCCUACUCCCAGUGGCCAAGGGUGGAAGACGUCGACCUCGAGUGGUUCGCCACCAGCACCGACAGCUACAUCCUCCGGGACCUUGAUGACACCUCGGUGGUGGAGGACGGCAGGAAGAAACUCAACACAUUAGCACACUACAAGAUCCCCGAAGGGGCAUCACUGGCCAUGAGUUUGUCAGACAAGAAGGAUACCACGCUGAGCAGAGUGAAGGACUUGGACACCGAGAAGUACUUCCACUUGGUUCUCCCAACCGAUGAAUCCGUUGAACAUAAGAAGUCCCACAGACAGAGCCAUAGGAAGAAAGUCCUACCAGAGAUCUACCUGACCAGGCUGCUCUCCACAAAGGGCACACUGCAGAAGUUCCUGGACGACUUGUUCAAAGCCAUUCUCAGUAUCCGAGAUGAUAAACCACCUGUGGCCGUGAAGUAUUUCUUUGACUUCCUAGAGGAGCAAGCAGAGAAAAGAGGCAUCACAGACCCUGACACUAUGCACAUCUGGAAGACCAACAGCCUACCUCUGAGGUUUUGGGUCAACAUCCUGAAGAACCCCCAGUUCGUCUUCGACAUUGACAAGACAGACCACAUCGAUGCCUGUCUCUCUGUGAUAGCUCAGGCCUUCAUUGAUGCCUGCUCCCUCUCUGACCUGCAGCUGGGCAAGGACUCCCCGACCAAUAAACUACUGUAUGCCAAGGAGAUCCCCGAGUAUAGGAAGAUAGUGCAGCGAUACUACAAGCAAAUCCACGACAUGCCCCCGCUCAGCGAGCAGGAGAUGAACGCCCACCUCGCGGAGGAGUCGCGGAAAUACCGGAAUGAAUUCAACACCAACGUCGCCAUGGCUGAGAUAUACAAAUACGCCAAGAGAUACCGCUCCCAGAUUGUGGCCGCCCUGGAUGCCAACCCCACGACAAAGCGCACCCAGCUCCAGCACAAGUUUGAGCAAGUGAUUGCGCUCAUGGAGGAUAACAUCUACGAGUGCUGCAGCGAAGCCUAGGCCGACUGCAGCCCUGGAAGUGACCUUCUCCGCAGCGCAGUGCCAUAGGGAACCUGCCUUCAGCCGUGGAUACACCAUGGAUCGCCUCCGCCAGGGUCAUUCUCAAACCAGCCUCGUGGUGGGGGUGGGCCUGGCCUGCGGCUGAAGGGCUCCCUCACCUAACAAGAAGCCACGAGACACCUUUCCGAGCAGCUCAAAACCCCUCUGGUCUGCACUGUGGCACCCAUAAUUUAUUUGCCGUUGCCAUGCAGAAAUGGAGACAUGACACUUGUGGCAAGCUCAGUUCACCACUUCCCUCUGAUCAGCGCCCGAGCGGUCAGUGGCUCCCUGCAUCCCUGUUUGUGGUUCCUCAGGAUGAGAGACGGGGCUGCAGAAGCCAUAACAAUAGAUGUGAAGCAGAAGGAUAGCCUCAGGGAGUAAUGAGCAGAGUCGGCAAAGGCCAUCGGAGCAACACCUGAGCUCCCUUCCAUACCAUCCCUCCGACAUCCUCGUUUUGCCAACACCAGGGACUCUUACCAGCUGUUCACUAUCUGCUGCAUUCUGUGUGUUUUUGUGCCUUUUAAUUUUUGUACUGUAUGUGUAAACAUAACCACUCCUCUGUCUGAGACUUGGGCAACACAGGGAACUCGGGGCUGAGACGAAGCAGUUGCUUCCCAAGUAGCUAAGGCAUGGUGAAAGCACUUUAUCCCCUAAUGGAGACGGCCAUUACAGAGCCGGAGGGAGUGUGUUACUUGUUAGACAACGUGGGAAGGGCUGUUCCCCCUUCCCCAGGUUCCCAUAUCUGCAUGCACAGUGAGCUGGAGUUGCAGUGGGCAGGCAAAUAUCCCCCGCCGUUCAGCCAGCUGGUCGCAGGCAUGGCUUCUGCCUAGAGGACCAGACAUAGUGAGUGAGGGGAAGGGCUUGUGCCUCGCACUCCAGUCUCCCUGCCACGCUGGCUGCGCACACACCUAUGGUGCUGCCCCAGCUCAGCCCCGGUAACACCGCUUGUGCCAACAGGGGUCAGCUCCUGCUGACAGCACUCUGACAGAGUGGACUUGAGCCACGCGUGGGGCAAAACAACAGGUAGCAUCUUCCCUCCCUCUGCACCAUGCACUGCAGCAUCUUGUGUGAUCAUCACCGAAAACAAGGCCAGUGCUACAGAGGUGUCUUCCUAAAGCAGCUUGUUCUGCUUGCUUCGGACCCAGCCCACCGUGGUUGUCACCUGAGAGCAACCAAGGGAGCGGUUUUGCUGCGUGUCCAGUCUUUUCCAGCCCACAAAGGCAAAGGGACUGGACCCCAUCCCCCUGGCAGCACAACGCUCUUGCUCACGCAGGCCAGCAGAGCUCCAGCACCACAAGCUGCCAACAAAGGCAGAAAGUGUCCCUCUGGACACUCACACUGGGGUCAGCGAGCAGGGUCCCACACUGGGGUCAGCGAGCAGGGUCCCACUGCGCAAACAGAGCUCAUCUGAGACCUAGAAACCACUGCCAUCCCACGGCAUCCGCACUGGGGCAAAACCCCUGUCCCAGCUUGGUGGCCCAUUCUCCCUUCUGCAGGCAACUUCAUCCUUUCUGCAGCCAGGGGAGCCACGACCACUCUGGUGUUCUCCAGCGUCACACAGGCCCCUUUGUAGAGGCUGGACCGCAGCUAAGGCCACAUGCUUGAAGCCAGCAUUUACAUGCAGGCAAAGGCAACCUGCCCAUGAAAGCUAAACCCAGCCGUAGCCACUGCGUUUUCAAACUGCCAAAUAGAAAAGAAAAUAAAAAAGAAAAAAGUUACUACCUCACUCCAGGCAGGGUCUAAGGUGAGCCUCCGUUACUCAUCCAGCUGGCAAGGAUGCAACCUGGUAUUAGAUGACUUUGGUCCACCAAAACUCCUCCUGGGUGACUCACUGCCAUGGACAGGUGGCCUCCAUCCCAUCGUUUCCAGUAACGCCACAUUUGUCAGAAAUUGGAACAUCAAAAUUGUGUAUGUGUAUAUAGAUAUCUAUUUUAAAGCAAAUGAUAGACUUUAUCCAGUAUGUUAAAAGAAGGGGGGGGGGGGGGGGGAAGGGGAGGAACAGAGGUUUUUUUAAAGAGAACUACAGAAAAAGUACAUACACUGUGGAGGUUUCAAUGUCUUUGCUGAGGAUGUGGCUUCAGAAUAGAAACUCUAAGAAUGUAGCUGGGCUACAUUUUAUUUUGAAAGUGAUUUCACAAAAAAUUCUUGAAUUUUUUUUUCUUCUUUUAGAAACUGUGAAUAGCUGCCAGAGAUAUAGGCAGGCCCAGCACAGGGAAGGCGAGGGUGAGAAGGACCAAGGUAGCAGAGAACGUUGAGCUUGGCUGGAGGUAGGGAAAGGACCAUGGAGCGAUAGCCCCAUGUUGUUACAAGGAAAGGAUACAGGUGAGCUGAUAGUGAGUAUAGUUUGCCUCCAGGUAAUGUGACUGGGCCAUGUAUUGAGGCCUAUUGCUUUAUUAUUUAAUUUUUUCCAAAGCAAAAAAAAAAAAAAAAAAGUAGUUGCUACAACCAUUUUAAAGGAACAACUUUAAUGGAGCAGAAGCUUGAGGGUUUGUAGUGUUGCCUUGAACCCCAAGCCCUUUGUAACAUGUUUUUAAACUUUGGCACGUGUUGUGGGUGUAGUGCCCUUACCUGCUGUGUAGUGGAAGUGGCAGACUCUUGGAAAAGCCUAUCUUUGUAAUAAAACAAGGUGCUGAAA